AUGCUAUCAACACUCGUGUAUGUGGUUGGGCCUAUGCCUCUUUUGCUCUCUGGAGGAGCACCACAAUCCUCAACUGGCCCAGACGGUAUAGGGUGGAUGGAAAGAGCUGAUUUGUUGUUGGUUAAGAGGCAAAGAAAAGAUCCAGCAGAGUUCUUGACUGGAGUAUUGACCUUGGCAAGCCUCGCCACUCCAAUCAUAUUAAGGCACGCACAAAUCAUCGAGACUGGUGCAAUGCUCAUUGCUGUCACAACCUUCUUCAUUCACAUAAUUUUCACUCUCCUCUUCUCUCACCGGGCUAGCCUCGGUUUUGCUGGCUGA